GGAGCAGAGCCUGUUUUCGUUUGGACUUCCCCUAAAGUCUCCCCAAGUCCCUGUGCGUCUUAUGAUUGGCUAAGCUGUGCCAUAACUAUCGCACAUGACAAUAUAAGCCUUAUACACGGAACUGCUUUCACAGACAUCAAGACACCGAAAGGGAGUUCACAGCUGAUCAGGCAGACCUUUAACAUUUUAACUGCGCAACAAACCGAAGAGGUAGAAAAAAGCGACCAUGUCUAUGACCGUCAAAGCCUAUCUUCUUGGGAAAGAAGAUUCACCGAAAGAAAUCCGGCGUUUUGCUGUCGACCAGGAUGUGUCAACGAGUUUUGAGUAUCUUAACAGAAAGGUGGUUGACGUCUUUUCCAACCUGCGCAGUAUUGCCUUCCAAAUGUUCUACAAAGACGAGGACGGGGACUUGAUCGCCUUCUCCACAGAUGACGAACUCAUGAUGGGGCUCUCCUGCAUCAAGGACGACACCUUUCGCCUCUUCAUUAAAGAGAGGAAGGAGCACCGACGUGACUUCCCCCUCCACGCUUUCCCCGGGGGUGUCCCCCCUUUCCCCUUCCCCCCUCCUCCCGGGGGUCCCCACGGCCACCCACAUGGCCCCCCGCCCCCCCACGGGCCCCCCGUGGUGCACCCCAACGUGACGUGUGACGGCUGCGAGGGCCAGGUGGCUGGGACCCGCUUCAAGUGCACGGUGUGCCCCAACUAUGACCUGUGUUCCCCCUGCCAGGCCAAGGGCCUGCACAAGGAGCACGCCCUGCUGCCCAUCUGGCACCCCUUCAACAUGUUUGAGUGGUUCCCUCGGGGGAAGUGGAUGAGGAAGAUGAGGCAAUGUGGCAUGUGGGCCGCUGCCCAGCAGAACCAGGCCCAGCCCGGACCCUCUGGAACCCAGCCUGGACCUUCUGGAACCCAGCCUGGACCUUCUGGAACCCAGCCUGAACCGAGAGAAACUCAGGCCCCCUCCCAGACAGACCAGACUGCUGUUGAGGACAGCCAGGCUCCCUCUGGCCCGUCUGCAGCCUCUCUGGUCCAGGCCAACGUUGACUUCCUGAAGAACAUAGGCGAGGGCGUUGCAGCCAUGCUCAGCCCCCUGGGCAUCGACGUGGACAUCGACGUGGAGCACGAGGGCCGCAGGACCAAGGUGACCCCCCCGGCGUCCGGAGGGCCCCCUAGCACCAGGAGCGACGCGGGGGCAGGGGGGCCCGGGGGCACAGAUGGUGACAUGGAGGUGGACGAUCUAUGCACUGACGCAGGUCCGAGCAACGGGGCUAAGGUUCGCAGGGACACGACCAUCGACGAGGAAUGGACUCACCUCAGCUCCAAGGAGGUAGACCCCUCCACAGGGGAACUGCAGUCCCUCAGGCUGGGGGAGAACGGCUCCCUGGAGGCCCCAGGGCCCCUCUCCUGUCCCCCAGGGCCCCUCUCCUCUCCCCCGACCCAGGGCUCCACAGGCCUGCGUGAGGCCGCGCUGUACCCCCACCUCCCUCAAGACGCAGACCCGCGCCUGGUGGAGUCCCUGGCCCAGAUGCUGUCCAUGGGCUUCACAGACGAGGGUGGCUGGCUCACCCGGCUGCUGCACACCAAGAACUUUGACAUCGGCUCCGCUCUGGACACCAUCCACUACUCCAAACCCCCCCCCGCCCAGCCCAAGUAGGGCAACAGCAGGCUGGAGCCCCUCCCAUCAUCACCCUGCCUUCCCAGGCCUCUCUGACUCCACACUGGCCAUGUCCAGUACUCUAAUAAUCGUAGUGUGUUAUAUUGAAAUAGCUUUGGAUUUUAUGUUAGCUAUAUGGUUGUAUUAACAUUACUUAGCACAGUAUUUGAUCUGAUAUUCAUACUGACAGCCAUUAUUACCAUGUUUCUGGAUCUACCUUCUAUGAUAUGUAAUGGUAGAAGAGGUUUUAUUAAACAACAUAUUUAGAUUUAUUCUGAACUGGAUUUAAAAGAUAAAACAAACUAUAGGCUACUCAUUACUAAUGGUGAAUCUGUUAAAGCGUCCUCAAUGCAAGUUAAUUAGUUAUUAUUGUAACCUUACAACAUUUAUCCAGAGUAAUUCUUGCCAGAUGUUAUGUUCUGUACAUUCAGAAGAACCGGGUGAAGGGAUGUUAACUGACUGUCUAACACUGAAGUUAUUUCUGCUGUUUUAACACAAUAAAACACUUCAGCAAAAGAAA